AAGUAGUAGAAGUACAGCCUACAAAGAAUUUACCUUGUAACAUUGCGACCUUCUCAUUCUUCUUCUCAAUCAACUCUUUUUUGUGUCAAUCGCUACGCAACUAUUUGCGAAGAUACCAACAACAACUACACGCAUGUUCUUGUCAUCCUCAUCCUCUUUCUCUCUCUAUACCGUCACCUACAAAUAGUAGUUGCUCUUUAAUCGAUAAUCAUUCAUAGUGAUCCGAUUUCUUGCAACUCCCAGCAACCAUGGCAUCUAAGCGCAAGGCUUCCGCAAUGGCUGCGACCGUCGACGAAGAGCCAGUCGACCCAUCCGAUGAAUUGAUGUUCCUCUGCUUGGGAGGCGGAAACGAAGUUGGCAGAUCAUGUCAUAUCAUACAGUACAAAGGCAAAACCGUGAUGCUUGACGCCGGUCAACAUCCUGCCUACGAUGGGCUUGCGGCCCUACCUUUCUUCGACGACUUCGACCUGAGCACCGUUGAUGUCCUUCUCAUUAGCCAUUUCCAUAUAGAUCAUGCCGCAUCUCUCCCCUACGUUCUAGCAAAGACGAACUUUAGGGGCAGGGUCUUCAUGACCCAUCCGACGAAGGCCAUCUACAAGUGGCUUAUCCAAGAUAGCGUUCGAGUUGGCAAUACGUCCUCGAACCCUACGUCGCAGCCUGUAUAUACGGAGCAGGACCAUCUAAACACCUUCCCUCAAAUCGAAGCGAUCGAUUAUCAUACUACGCACACCAUCUCCUCAAUCCGUAUCACUCCUUAUCCCGCCGGCCAUGUAUUAGGCGCUGCUAUGUUCUUAAUAGAAAUAGCUGGAUUAAACAUAUUCUUCACAGGGGACUACUCUCGCGAGCAAGAUCGACAUCUUGUCUCUGCAGAAGUUCCACGAGGCAUAAAAAUUGACGUUCUCAUCACUGAGUCCACCUACGGGGUAUCAACCCACGUUCCCAGGUUAGAAAGAGAGCAGGCGUUGAUGAAGUCUAUAACUGGCAUCCUUAAUCGGGGUGGCCGCGUCUUGAUGCCCGUGUUUGCCUUGGGUAGAGCACAAGAGUUGUUACUAAUUCUGGAUGAGUACUGGGGAAAGCAUCAAGAAUUUCAAAAAAUUCCCAUUUACUAUGCUAGCAAUCUAGCUCGAAAAUGUAUGGUCGUAUAUCAAACCUACGUUGGAGCCAUGAACGACAAUAUCAAGCGUCUGUUCAGAGAGCGAAUGGCAGAGGCCGAGGCUGCUGGGGACGGCGCAGGUAAAGGUGGGCCAUGGGACUUCAAGUAUAUCAGGUCUUUGAAAAAUCUAGACAGGUUUGACGAUGUCGGUGGUUGCGUCAUGCUCGCUAGCCCUGGCAUGUUACAGAACGGUGUCAGCAGAGAGUUGCUGGAGAGGUGGGCGCCGAAUGAGAAGAACGGUGUCAUCAUCACGGGUUAUAGUGUCGAGGGUACCAUGGCCAAACAUAUCGUCCAAGAGCCUGACCAGAUCCAAGCGGUAAUGUCGAGAAAUAUCAACGCCGCUAGGAGAGCACCUGGCGGCGAUGGCGAGAAGAUGAUGAUACCGCGAAGGUGUAGUGUUGCCGAGUAUUCCUUCGCAGCACACGUAGAUGGUCAGGAAAACAAGGAGUUCAUCGAGGAAGUCGGUGCUCCUGUAGUGAUUCUAGUGCAUGGCGAGCAGCACAAUAUGAUGCGGCUCAAGUCAAAGCUACUAUCUCUGAAUGCUGGAAAGACGGAUAAAGUUAAGGUUUUCAGCCCAAGGAACUGUGAGGAGCUACGGGUUCCGUUCAAAACAGACAAGAUAGCCAAGGUGGUUGGAAAGCUAGCGUCAAUACCUCCUCCACACAAUUUACCUACACCCGACGACCAGAGCCCCGAGUUGAUUGCCGGAGUUAUAGUCCAGAACGACUUCAAGAUGUCACUCAUGGACCCUGAAGACUUGCGAGAAUAUGCAGGUCUUACGACUUCUACGAUCGCAUGUCGACAACGAUUCACGUUAAGCGCAGCAGGUAUCGACCUUAUCAAAUGGUCACUCGAGGGCACAUUUGGUGGUAUUGAAGAGCUUCCGGAAACUAAGAACCGGAAGGAACGCGAGAAUGGCGAAGCCAAUGGGGAUGAUCAGAUGGCCGAUGCGGAUGAAGAGGUUGCUCAACUUGUUGCAUCGUAUUUGGUUAUGGGUUGUGUCACAGUCCGAUACCGCAACAAUGGCGAAGUAGAAUUGGAGUGGGAGGGCAAUAUGCUCAAUGAUGGUAUCGCUGACGCUGUAAUGGCGACCUUACUAUCGGUCGAGAGUAGUCCUGCUGCUGUGAAGCGCUCUGCUGGAAAACAUUCGCAUUCCCACGCAUUACCGGCACGUAAUCCUCACGCCAAUCUUACCUCCACGGAGCGAUUAGAACGCCUAUUCCUUUUCCUAGAGGCACAGUUCGGCGCCGACGCAUUAACACCCGUCGCCACUCCUAAACUUCCACCUCUCGCUAAAGACAAGAAGUCGAAGAAGUCAGACGAAGACGAGGAUGACGCAGCGUCGGACGCAUCAAUGGAAUUAUCUGACGAUGAGGAGGAGGAAGAGCGACUGUUGGAGCUACGACAAAAGACUGAGCUCGAGCGACUCCACAAGAUUGGCAUACCAGUACCAGGAGUAACCAUCAAGGUUGAUAAGAUGGUUGCUAUAGUCUGGCUGGAGGACCUAGAGGUCGAAUGCAAUCACAAGGCCUUUGCCGAUAGAGUUAAGGCGGUUGUCGAGCGAGCCAUCGAAGUCACGGCACCCCUAUGGGGUUAGACUCUCGAGACGUGGAUAAAUGGGCUAAGAAGGGAAUUCAUGGGGUCACGAUAUAUGAUUUGUUAUGGCGCUACAGGUCUAGGUUGAUAGGCGUCACAUUUGGGAAGAGUUGGCGCGAAAUAGGAGAUAGGCUUUCAAGGUUUGGUACAAGGCUUUAAAGGGGGUUCAAAACAGAUCUUGGGACGAAGAGGUUAGGAGAACGGUACAUCAGUUUCAUACUACAUUUAUUAGGUGCUAGCCUUGCAUAGCUCUAACUUAGAGGUGGUAAAGCGCUCGGUAUCGUGGAUUACGCCUUUGAUGACUGCUGGGAAGUCUGACGUCUAUUUGAUACCUACCUACCUAUGUAUAUAUGAUGUUAGGACCUGAAGUGCGCCGAACAUUCCGAAGUCCGGGCCGAAUAAACUCAUAGCUGGAGAUCCCCCAUCCGAUCCCGAUCUCUUGUGCCUUGGAGAAUACAUUUUAACCUACUCUAUUCCCUACUCUAUUCCCUACUCUAUUCCCUACUCUAUUCCCU